AUGUGGCAUGAGGCCCGUCGUCAGGAAAAGCAAUUACGAGCGCGAAUCGUUGACUGUUCCAAAAGAGCGGAAAAACGAAGGAGAUUCUAUGACAGUGUGCGUAAAGAUCCAGAUCAAUUUAUGCAACUGCAUGGUCGCAAAUGUAUAAUCCACACCGACAAAAGCAUUGCGAAGGCAGCGGAGGAUAAUAAUAUACUGCGUAAGUGGCAAGGAGACCCGUCCGUAUUGAUUGAUCGUUUCGAUGUGCGUUCACAUCUAGAUUUCAUCCCACCGGUCAAAAAAAGGAGCAUUGAGCCCGACAGUGAGGAUGAAAAACUCGAGAUGAUUUGUGAUUUUGAGCGGUAUCGAGUACUUAUCAUCAACGAGUAUCGCGACGUUUCCGAGAAGGACUAUCUGCGCAAAAUUGCCGAGAAAGAGUUUUGGAAAAUCCCCAAGGAUGAUCAACUGAAAUCUGAGCACGACAAGAAAAAAAAGUCGGCUGAAUCGAAGGCGACAAUUGGUUUCACCUACGAGAAUUCUGUUAUUGUGAAAAAGGAGCAUGAAGAUACGGAAGUUAGCGAUGACGACACUGAUAUAGAUCAACCGGAAGAUAUUGAUGUCGAACUCGAUCUCCGCGGUGCUGAUGCUGAAUCCCAGCGCAGAGUUAACUGUAUCGGCGAGGCUUAUGGCGUUCGUCGUGGUGGUUUCGCCGGACUUUUGAAUGCCGAUGCUGUCGCGCGUGCCGAAACAGCUGAACUGCGGCGCAUCGACCGAGAAAAAGCGGCUCUCGCUGGACGGGAUUCGAAGCACGAGCGCUUGCUCUUGAAAAAACAACGUGCUCUAAUUGUAGGAAAGGGAUGUCCUGAUGAGGCUACGGUUUCACUUCUCAGCUUUGUGGAGAGCGCAGCUGCCAAGAAGAAAGCCAUCUUCGAAACCAGCUCCUCGAGUGAUUCUGAAGAAGAGGCUCGGCCACAGUUUAUCACAACUUUUGGUAAUGAUGACCGACGAGAUUUAGAAGACGAUGAAGAAAAACCGGUGGUCGCUACUGUUGUCGGCCCUCAAUUACCGACCAAGGAAUAUCGUCGUAUUUUGUUAGUAUUUUAG